UUAAGCCACGCCACUCCACUCUUACUACCACCUAUCAUCAUUGGAAUCCUUCAUCUCCUACCUCUGGCUGCUCCAUGAAAAACAAACCACCCACUUCAGCUAGCUAGCAGCUGCCUGCCCGUGUUCACAAACUCUCUAGCAAUCUGGUUGCAUUUCGACCUAGACCACCAGACGGGCCGGCUGCUAGCAGAUCCGUGACGACUCUUUGUGCGUGAGAGUUCAAGAUGGAGGUGCAGGCGCAUGAGGCGACUGGCCGGAGGAGGGGCAGGACGAGCGGCGGCACGACGGCAGCGAGGGUGGUGGCGAGGAAGGAGGUGGAGAGGGAGAGAAGGCAGCACAUGAAGGUGCUCUGCGCCAAGCUCGUAUCCCUCAUCCCAAAGGAACACUUCUCCAACCCUGAUAAAAUGAGCCAGCUAGACAGACUAGACGAGGCCGCGUCAUACAUCAAGAAGCUCAAGGAGAGGGUCGAUGAGCUGCAACAUAGGAGGAGCUCUAUGCAAGCAAUGGCUGCCGCAAGAGGGACUAGUCGCACCUCAACACACACUACCACCCCAACAACGAGUGGCGGUCCAGGGUCGCCAGAAGGAGAGAAACAUUGGGAGGCAUCGGUGCCGGUUGUGGAGGUCCGGCAACAUAGUGAUACAAGCAUGGAUGUGGUGCUAGUAUGCAGUACACAGAGGCCGAUCAUGCUCCACGAGGUGAUCACCAUCCUUGAGGAAGAAGGCGCCGAUGUUGUCAAUGCCAAUCAGUCCGUUGCUGGUCACAAUAUCUUCUACACCAUACACACCCAGGCCUUCAGCCCGAGAAUUGGCAUAGAUGUUUCAAGUGUUUCUGGACGACUGAGAGCAUUGGUACGAUAGUAAAUUGAUUUGUGAAUAAUACAUAGAUGGUACAUAUGUCUAGCUAUUAGUCGUUAGAAGAAGGAGAUGGAAACACCCUUCAUUAACUAUAUGUAUAUAACGUCUUUUCACGUCAUUUUCGAUGUAAGGAAAUGGAUGUUGACUGAUUUUCGACUUAUCACCAACAUCUCGGCUGUUACAGCUCAUAUGUUA